AAGCGAGCACCUAAUGAGUAACGGGCCAAAUGAACAAGCAACUGUGGGAGAACGAUAUGAGCACCUAAUUAGCAAGUUCACUGCUUUGGAAGCCAAACCGAUUCCCAAGAACUCCAAGGAGUACCAGACCCAACUUUACCUGUUAAUCAAGCAGUUUAAAUUCAUUGAUAAAAUCAUCGCGGACCUCGAUCUCUUCAGUGACAAUGAGUUCAUUGAGGAGAUCAACGUUAACUAUUUACCGUUCCUUAAUGUUAACUAUUAUUUGGGAGAGCUCUUCUUGAAUUUCAUGGUAGAUGCGAACCUUGAACUUUCUAUUGACUUUAAGGCCGACAAUCUCAAAAUUUCACUGGAAUACUUCAACCUCUAUCUCCAAAGACUUAUUGAAUUGGAGCUUCUUAAUCCUCUUCAAACUAAGCAAUUGAAGGGAUACCUGUUGAACAGAGAAGAAAAGAUCCAACAGUACCGAUAUCAAAAGGAGUUGGAAGGAAAGCUUGCACUUGUACAUACAACAGAGGAUGAAGAUAUCAAACGACAGUUAUACUUGGACCACAUAAACUUGCUUACCAUACGAGCUUUGCAUCAUCUCCAGAUGAUAGAAAUGGAGAUACAGGUACUUUCCAACCGGCCCAGCUCCAUUGAAGAAAUAUCAGCUCCAAUACAGCCCAAUAAUGAAGACCGUAGGAAACAAACCGCAGAUGACUAUACCACCAGAUUGGAAACACUUCCUCAGAAUCAGCCUAUCCAAAAUCUUCUAAGCAAAGGACGAGUUCUCCAGCCGUUUACAUUGACGAGACAGGACUUGAAGAAUAAAGUAUUUGGUACUGGCCAAGUUCUACCUUCAAUGACGGUAGAAGAGUAUCUUGACUACGAGCUUGCGAAUGGAAAAAUGGCCCAACCAGAGGAACCUCCUGCCAAUAGUGAUGAUGAGGAUGAAGAUAACGAGGACGAAGAGUACCGCAAGCGGGAAUGGGAUGACUGGAAGGAUGCCAAUCCCAAAGGAAUAGGAAACACCAUGAAUCGUGGGUAAAGUGUGUAUUGGUAGUUUUAUAAGCUAUUUAACAUCUUCAAGCAAUGUACGUACUCUUGGGACAAUUGUGCCAACGAUAUAAGCUCAUUUUUCAGGUCAUUUUUUAUCAACCAUCUGUCGUUAUCAUUCUUGAACGUUUUCAAGCAGUUGAUGAUGAUGAGAUAGUAUUCCAAGGCUUUCAAGUAUCCGAUCUUGAGGUUUUCUAACGACAAGCUGGGGCUUUCCUUCGCAAAUCUGGUGAUGAAUUUGUAUAAUGCCUCAAUGGAGUUACGUCUCAAGGAAUUGUGAAUUCUCCAUGCACAUAUGAUAUCGUAGUAUUUCAUAGAUACCAAAAUCGGUUGAGCUUCAGCGAUUUCGUUCAAUAUUAUAUCGAUAAGCUUGAAGUUAUCGAUAAAGAACUGGGAAUAUUCCCCUUUGGAACUCGAGAUGUUGAAGAUGGUAUUAACCAGACCCCUUCCAAAUAGGGCUUGAACAAAUACUUUCAUCGAAUUUUCGAACUCGGGUAUUUCUUGAAGAUUCACCAAGGACUUUAAAAUGGUCUCGAUAUCGAAUAACUUUAUAGACAACUCGAAAACGUUUUUAUAGUAACUGGAGUUAUCAACAAAAUCAUCGGCCAAAUCAAUGGCUUUCAAUUCCAAUUCUAUGGAUUUGUGUAAGAAGACUUCAUCCUUUUGGGAGGCUAUGAGCUUAGACAAAUUAUGGUAAUACUCAGGCUCAUUGGUGAAGUUGGAGCUCAAGAAGUCGUUUAACUCAUUGUUGAAAUGGUAUCUCUUGCUGCCAAAAGACCUGUAGUUAUCAUAACUCAAUAGGUCAACAGCUUUUAUAUCCUUAUUCAAAAGGUAUAUCAACCCGAUCAAAUAUUGGUUGGAUUCAUAAUCCAACUUGUCUAACAUUUCGUUCAAGAUGUUCUGCUCACUGUUGGAAUCAACCAACUCAAUGACUAUUUUUAUUAGGUAAUCUUGCUCAUGGAUAUUUUGGUUCAAAUAGUUGUACUUGUUCAAAACGUCACCUUUAGCAAUCUUUUGCUUCCAAAUAAUCGAAUCUUCAUAGUUCUUUGAAAAAAGAAAAUCGAAUAGCCUAAAGUCUUUCAACUUUUGCAAUACACUAUUGGCCAAAUGAACAAGAACUUCAUUAUCAGCAUCUAUGUUGGAGAUGAGUAUGACCAAUCGGACCAACAAUUCCUUUUGCACCUUGGAAAUAUCUUUGAAUGCCACUAUGGUGUAUAUCUUGUCAAUAAUGCUCAAGUUGUUUUCAUACCCAAGUUCUU